CAGCCCGGCCGCGGGGAGCCGAGCGGGAAGCGGCGGUGGUUAGCGGUCGGCCGCUUCGGGCGUGCACCUGCCCGGCCUAGCGCCUGCAGCCUCAGCCCCUGGCGUCUUGUGCGUAUCCCUGAGGUCUGAAGAAGCUGAGCCGGCGAGUACGAUCCCCACCUAAAGACCCCAGACUACCCAGCAGCUCAGCAGGGAUGGACGCCCCGUGGACGUCCCUCAGAGGGGCCCCCUGAGUGGAGCUCUGCGGCCUUUGGGACUGCACCCCCGGGCUUUCUAAGUCUUGUCUGUGCGCUCGCCUUCUGCGGCAGCUGUUCCUGGGGAGCCCUGUGCUCGGGCCUCCUUGAGGGUCCUGCUUUUCCAGCGCUCUCUUGGGUCUCUAGGGGGCUCCCCAGUUUAUCACGGGUUUGCAUGGUAGAGUCUUGACCCCGAUCUCACCGCGGGGAGGAAAAGACGGCUCAGCCCCACACUGUGCCCUCGUCCGGGAGGGGCAAGGGGCCUUUCAGUCUCUGUUGAGGGAUGGACAGCCCCUCUGGGCUCCGACUUCCUGAAAGGAGUUCAGUUCUAGUCCUCACUCAUCCCCACCCCUCCCCUCUCUAGGGCCCCCAGCCUGGACCGGCUCCCAGCUCCAGAGCCCCCGUGGCCCCUUCCCACCCUGGCUUCCAGAUGGGUCUCUUCUUCCUUUCCAGCUCUCUCUCCUGCACACUCCUGUAACCUUCACAAGCCCUGGGUCUGGGCACUUGUCCUGCUGAAGGAGAGAGGCCUAGAAUGCAGGCUCAGGGUGGGAGCCAGGCAGGCAGGCCUCAGAGGAUGGCUCCCCAAAGCAGGGCCAAGGGGGAUGCCAAGAGGCAGGUUCUGCCCUGAGCAGGGUGGACGGGGACUGCUAGGAUCAUAGUGGGAUCCCAAGACAGGCUCAGAGGCUGCACCGGCGCUGGACAGCCAGGAUCAGGGGUACCAGACAACACCUCUGAUGGCUGCAGGACGAGGUAUAAAUGGCAUUGGCGAGUGGGUGGGCCAUGGGGUAGAACACUGCUCCACAUUGCUCAUCACUGGGUCUCUCUGGGGCCGUGCCUGACCUAAGGAUGGGAAAGGCAGGCUGGGCACAAGGCCCAGAGGAAGAUGUGAUGCCCCACAGAUGAAUCCAGGUCCAGCAGGACUUGGUACGCUUGCACCACGGGCAGUUCAUGCGAAGGUGAAACCUCGUCUUUGUACUCGAAGGUACAAGGUGGGAGACAUGCACAGUCCCACUGCCAGCCCUCCACCCUGACUGCACAUGUACACGUGGGUCUGUCUGUCUGUCCCCUGCACACAGCUCUGGAUCUCACUGAAGCUGUCAGUGACCACCAGCUCCCCCCUCGUCCCUCCCGAGGUCAUUCUGGGCUGUUCAGGCUCCGGCUACAGUGAGCAUCCCAGCCCAGGUGGAUUUCCUGUGUCAGAUGUGGCAGAUGGCUCCCAAAAGAGGCUGUUUGGAUUCAUCCAAGCUGGGGGGUGAGGCCUAAUGGCUGGCGGCCCUGGGUGCAGGUGACCACCUGGCUGGAGCAAACUCUCCACUGGGUGUUGGACAUAACUCGCCCAACAGCUGGCCUAGGGGGCCUGCAAACAAGGACACCUGUCUACCCAGUGAGUCAUGAAAGCACCCAUGGCAGCACCCAGUCACCCCCUGGUUACCGCCUUGGCUAAACUCCGAGCUCAUUCCUAACCUGGAAUCCCCUUCCUCUAUGGAGCUUUCGGUGGAGCUCCUCAUCCCCAAAAAACCGGCUCAUGUUCUCCAGAUGCGUGCUCCCCCCCACCCCCGGAAGUCAUCUUGACAUGCCUCCUGUGAUUCACAGCAGUUUACAGAUUCGAAACCUCCUCUUUUUAAAUAUUUCAUUGGGUCAUUCAUUCCAGAAAUGUUAACUGAGCACCUGCUUACAUGGGGUGCUGGGGGUAUGCAGCAGUCUCUGCCCUGAAAAGUGGCUCAGCUUAUUCACUGAGCACCUGCUGUGUACCAGGCACUGGGACAGAGAAUGAGCCAGCUGCUGCCCGGUGACCCAGAAGGGAGACAGAUGGAGGUAAACAGGUGACCUUGGAUUAGAGCAGAGACAGACAGCAGGGGCGCUGGUCUGGCCUCAGGAAGGCCUCUGGGGCUCUGUCCAGAGCGGAUGCUCAGGGGGGCAGCAGCUUGCCGGCUAGGACUUGGAGCCAGGACACAAAUGCCCCUGCAUGCCCCCUGGAAGGGCAGCUCCCUGUGGCUGGACCUGGCCAGUAUCCACUGCGGCGUGCAGUGUGGGCAGACAGCCUGGCAUGUGGGGGUGCACGAUAACCGGUAGAGAGCAAACCAGUGAGGUGCCAGCAGCUCUGGGGGCCUGGAGCAGCUGAGCCUCCCAGAAGUUAGAGAGCUCGCCAGGGCCACACAGCUAACCCACGGCCAGCCGGAGGACUUGAACCAGCUCUGGCACCCAGCAGCCUGUCCAGUCCUCAGCGGGCACCCUCGGCUCCACCCCCUCUGCAUGACUUCCCCAAAGGGUCCAGCCGCACAGAGCCCCAUGCCAGUCUCUGCCAGUCAGCUCCUUCCCUGCUUUUCCAGGAGCUGAGCUUCUAGAAUCUUAACUCCACUUUGCCAAUGGCCUCUUCUGCGUUCUCGAUCCCCGAAGCCAGUGCCAGUGGUCACCCAGAUGUCUCACAGGUGUGGGGGCAGGAUACAGGUUCACCCUGCUAGUGGGCGAUAGGACAGUGGGAACUGGGGUGCCCCACACUGUUGUCCCAACUGGGGUGGCAUUGACCUUGGUGACGAGAUGAUGCGGGUUGUGGCAGAGCCCCCGGCACUGCUCGGUCGGGGAGGGGCUCACUCACCUGGCAGCCAGGGGCAGCUGUCCGCGCAGGAGGGCCCAGCACAGCUGGCUCUGUGCAAGGGGAACACCUGGGCUCGCUCAGAGGGCAAGAAGAGGUAUUCCCUUCCCUCUGCCAUCUGCCUCCGGGCCUGUUGUGGUACUUACUAUCUGCUGCUUACAGUCACACUCCCUGGGGCAGGGGGUGCUCAGAGGGGGAACACAGGCCCUCAUAGGCUCCCCAAGCCCAUGCUUGUGACUCGGUGCCCUUCCAUGUCCACACCCAGACUACUGGGGUGGUAGCGGUCACCUGGCAGAGGACAGUGGAGUGGCAGCUGAGAAUCCAUCCUAGGGGAAGGGGAACAGGGAGACCCCCAGACCCCCAACACACACCACAUCAUUCCAUGGGAUGUCACUUUACAAAACACAAGUUCAAAGACCAAAGCAUCAAGAACGUCAAGAUGGUGACCUCAGAGCUUGAAACGCCAAGCGCCGGCCAGCUCAGUGCGGUGGAAUGCCCUGAGGGCAGGCCCGGGUCACUGGGCCUCCGGGCACCAUGAAGACGCUGCACCAGGGGUUCACAAACAGGGGGGACCACAGAAGCCAGCGGCCAGAAAACCAGGGGUAGGGGCUGGACAAGGUGCCUGGGGAGGGUGGGCAGGUGAGGCAGAAAUGAAGAAUAGGGCCUGCUCUGGACAGGGGUCUGGGAUCUGGCCAAGCUGGGGCAGGGCACAGGGAGGUAGGUGUCUAGCCUCUGGAGGGGUUCUGGGGGUCAGGGAGGAGAAUCGAGCUGGCUGCCACAGCCCUUGCCCACAAGGGGAGCAGUGGGGUUCUGGAGAGACUGUCCCAGUGACACGUGGGCCUGCUCCUUCCAUGCCAGCAUCAUCCCCUUCCACGGACUGGCACAUCCUGCUUUUCCUUCGGGGAGACUGCCCUUGGGCCCCGUGGUUUGGACAUGGGUGCCUCACUGGCCUCUCAGAGCCUCAGCCCAGGACAGGACCUGGGUCUGGAGGUGAGGAGCUUCCCCUGGUGCUGAGCUGUGCAUGCAGGAGCUGUCAGUGGCCACACUGGCCUGGAAGUAAUGCGAUGCAGAGGGCAGGGCCCAGAGUGGGAGGCAAGCCAGAAGUGUUCCAGCUCUGUGCUUUUGGUCACGGGAACCAAUACAUUUCAUUUCUGCUGAAGCUUUGAGUUUCUGUCACCCGCACCUGAGAGUCCUGACCACCUAAGAGUGACGAUGCCUGGUGCGCAAACCCCGGGCCCAGACCUCAGACUCCCCGAGGAGAGCGACCAUCACCAGCCGAGCACUGCUCUGCUAGCAGCUCCCGGCUGGCUCCAGGGUCCCCACGACCUGCCCCACACGGGUCCCGCACCUUCAAAUGCCUCCAGUGCCCACGACAGCCAACCACAGGCUCACCCCCUGUGCCACACUGUUCCCUCCGCCUGUGAUGCUCUUCCCAGUCUCUGAUAGGCACACUCAGCCCCUGCUUCACCUCCUCUCCCAAGCCUGCCCUGCACUCCUGGGUGGUCUGUCCCUCCCUUCCUGUGGCUCCCCUGAACCUCACGCUCACUCUGGGGGACCUGGGGGCUCAGCUGAGUCAUCACUGGUCUGCAGGGUCUAUGCCUGACCUGAGUGUAACACGCCUGCCCCGAGCAAUGCUGCCUUCUCCUCGCGAGUCUGAAAACCCAAAGUGAGAGAGAGAGAGAGAGGUUUUGCACCCCCAUCAUCUGCUCAGUCCUUGAGCUCUGCCUGCGUGGGGUUGGGGAACUGGGGACCUGUGUACUGGUACAACCUGUCAGCUCUGCUUUCCCUGGAGCCCCCCCCCCAAAGGUGGGUUGAGCUCCCUGAUCCAGCCCUCCCUGAAGCGGAACCCAAUUCCCUGGGCCCGUAGGCUGGGAUCUGGACCCAGAUAUGGGAUCUCUCAAGAUUCCAGAUGAUGCCCAGAUGGCUGCAGACAGCAGAGCUGGACCGGGGACAUCUGGCCAGUGGACAUCCCAGGCUUUGCAGGGCGGUGGGACAACUAGGCUGCGGCUCAUUGCCCCUCCUUGCCCUUCAACCCCUGCGCCAUCUCUUCGGUCCAUCCUCCAUCCUCCUGGCUCAGCUUCGGAGGGCACCUGGGCUUGGGGAAGGGGCAGGAAGAAGCCAGGCUCUGCUGUACCGAGGAGCUGUCUUCACGGAGAGGCCAGUCGUCCUGCUCAGGCCGGGGCCCACACAUGCCGGGAAAUAAUCGGAUUCAAAAAGCCUGAGUGACCCCAAAAAGCACACCCCGGGGUCUGCUCUGGAGAACUCAAGACACAGGGGUGAAGAAGGACGACGAGUGACACAGAAGCAUUCUCGAAGCCCAAAGCCUCUGUGGGCCUCUUGUGUGCUCUGCGGUCACCUGGAAUCCUUGCUCUGUGGUCACACUAGGAGCUCCCGUGGCAGCCAGGCUUCCGGACCCCCAAGUGAAGGUUCAUGGAGCCCUUCUCUCAGCCAGGAGAGGACUUGUCCAGACAGCAAGUCCGGACUCCUCUCCAACUCAGAGGAGUUUAUGGGGUGUCCCCAGGCCUGGGCAGCAGGCUGGGCCAAGCACGGGGGGGUGGGGCUCAGCUCCCCCUCCCCCUCCUUUAUGCGGACUGGCCUCCUUUGCCUGCCCUCAGAAGCCUCACUCCGGGGGAAUAUGUCCGGUAGGUCCACACGCCCACCCAGGUGUCCUGGCCCCAAUCCUGUCCAAGGAAAGCCAGGGCCUGUAUGGACAGCAUGUCACACAGUUUCCAUGCUAGAACAUUCUCAGGUGGGCACGUGGCUUGGGAGAGGGGGGGACUGGGGGUGGCGAUGCUGAGCUGGCCAGCCCCUCACACUCGUGGGGAGCAGGCCUCAAUUCAGGGAUAUUCCCACCCAAACCCGGCUGGCUCUGAAUCUCUCAGGCAGAGCGGGAUCCUGUCUGGCUCCAAGAGCAAACUGCGUGGGUCCUGGGUCGUCUUGGUGACCUGGGGCUGUCUUGCCCCAUCUCCCAUCUGGCAUCAUCUUACCUGGGGAGAGUUCGCGGUAAAGCACAGCAUCCCUGAGGUCGAAGGGGUGAGCCAUCGGAGGCAUCGACAGACAUCGUUCGGGACUGAAAACCGACAAAGUUAACUGAGAGACGUGCGCAGAUGGCGGUUAUAGAUCCACAGUGCCUUUCAAAGAGACGUGCAGGGGUCCAGCGCCCACCCCGCCCCGCGCUGACACCUUGCGGAGCUUCAGGGCAAGGUCAGACCAGAGCCCAGGCUGCUGCCACCAAGUGGGCUCAGACGGAAUUUCAAACAUGGGUGCAGAUGAGCAAGGCAGUGGACACCAGGCCUCCUUCUUCUUCAGAGGUCAGCCGUCCGGCCCCCUCCACGCCCCCACUCCGACGCACGGGGAGGUCCUGGAGCCAGCAGUAGCCCUCUGCGUCCCUGGGAGGGGUAUCCAUGCUCCACCCCCUCCCCCUCCAUCCUGAGAGUCACCGCCCACCCCUGUGGAGCAGAACAAGGCCCCCACCACCGUGGCCCCUGCCUGGGAGCCCCGUGACACACCCCUGCUGCCCAGAGCGCGUGAUGCUGGCUGCCGCGCUGGCCCCUUCCAGAAAGCAGCAGGGCCCCCAGCUGUUCCCCCACCUGGGGCAUCCGGGGGGCAGGCCUGUGCCGGCCCUCAUCGCCCAGCUGUUGGAAGCAAAGCUGCUGCUGUCCCCAGGCGGGGCCCAGGGGUCAGGAGCCCUGAGGCAGGCUGGCUGAGCACAUUCCAGGACUGGCUUCCGUGGGCCCUGUCACUGCUGCAGGACUGGUCAGGGCUGGUGUUUGCUCUAUGGGGCCCGAGGACAGGGCCAAGUGCUGGUGCCAUGGCCCAGAGCUAAGCCGCUGGGCAGCUGGCAGCAGUCCCACGCAGGGGCGCUGUGGACCCCUCUCUCUGUGUGGCCACCUUGUGGGCCAGGACACCAGCUGCCGCCCAUCCUGGGAAGGCCAGGACCACAUGGACGGGCAGAUCCUGGGCCAGCUGCGCCCCCUUGCAGAGCGGGAGGAGGAGGAGGAGGGGGCCAGGGCAGCCGCACCCGCAAGGCCGGCCUUCCCUGGGAUGGGCUCCGAGGAGUUGCGGCUAGCCUCCUUCGAUGACUGGCCACUGACUGCCGUGGUGCGGCCUGAGCUGCUGGCUGCCGCGGGCUUCUUCCACACUGGCCAGCAAGACAAAGUGAGGUGCUUCUUCUGCUACGGGGGUCUGCAGAGCUGGGAGCAAGGGGAUGACCCCUGGACGGAGCAUGCCAAGUGGUUCCCCAGGUGCGAAUUCCUGCUCCAGAUGAAGGGACGGGACUUUGUCUGCAGCGUCCAAGAGGCGCGUUGCCACCUGCUCGGCUCCUGGGACCGAUCAGGAGAACCAGAAGAUGGGGCCCCUGCCACCCCCUCAGAUGCCGGGGGCAGCCCGGAGUGGGCGGCGUGGAGCCGGUGCCCAGCGGUGCGAGCGGUUCUGCGGAUGGGCUUCAGGCCGAGCCGAGUCCGACAGCUGCUAUGGCAGAAGUACCGCUGGGCGGCGCCAGCCGGCAUCUCCGCGUCCCAGCUGGUGGCUGACCUGCUCCAGGAGGAGGAUGGGGGCCCGCUGGUUGGGGCCAGAGCUCCUGUCCACACGGGUCCUGAGCUGCCCACGCCCAGAAGAGAGGUCCAGUCGGAAGGUGCCGGGGAGCCAGGAGCUCGGGACGCGCAGGAGCAGUUACGGCGCCUGCAGGAGGAGCGGACCUGCAAGGUGUGCCUGGACCGCGCCGUGGGCACCGUCUUUGUGCCCUGCGGACACCUGGUCUGUGCCGAGUGCGCACCAGCCCUGCGGCUAUGCCCCAUCUGCAGGGCCCCCAUCCGCAGCUGUGUGCGCACCUUCCUGUCCUAGGCCAGGCGCUUCAAGUGCUGGCCGCCACGCGGGCACCCUGCCCAUCUCAGCCUGUCCCUCGGGCCACAUGGCAGGCCUGCUGAGGACAGCUGAGCUGGCAUCCAGAACUGCUGUCCCAAGUACCCGAACGCAGCCCAGGGUAGAGGGGAGCUGCAGACGGCAUGGCAAAGCGGGUGGGUGUAAAGGAGCUUUACUGAUGCUCAGAUGCUUUUGGAGAUUCACAAUAAAGUGGUGGGUUUUCCCUGGACAGUCCUCAGCAGCCUCUGUGCCAGAACCGCCAGCCCUGCCCCCACCGCCCACCAGCAGGGCAGC